AUGGAAAUAUCAGACGAUAAUUUACAAACUCUGGGACGGUAUUUACAAGAAACGCUGAACCCGGAUGUUAACGUCAGAAGACCUGCUGAGAAGUUUUUAGAAGGUGUUGAAGUGAACCAGAACUAUCCCCUUUUAUUGUUAAAUCUCGUCCACAAACCUGAAGUGGAUAUGACCAUCCGAGUUGCUGGAGCAGUGGCUUUCAAAAACUACAUUAAACGUAAUUGGCCAGUUGAGGAGGACCAACCAGAUCGAAUUCACAAAUCCGAUAGAGAUGCAAUAAAAAACCUUAUCGUAACAUUAAUGUUAACGUCUCCCGAAUCGAUACAAAAGCAGUUGAGCGAUGCGAUCAGCAUCAUAGGAAAAACUGAUUUUCCUCUUAAAUGGCCUGAACUGAUAACACAGAUGGUUGAGAAAUUUUCUACUGGCGAUUUCAAUGUAAUAAACGGAGUUCUACGAACAGCUCAUUCAUUGUUUAAAAAAUAUCGGUACGAGUUUAAAUCUAAUGAACUCUGGACGGAGAUAAAAUAUGUUUUGGAGAAAUUGGCCCAACCAUUAACAGAUCUUUUGAGUGCAACAAUGAACUUAGCAGAGACGCAUGCUAAUGACGUCAAUGCUUUAAAAGUAAUUUACGGCUCACUUGUUCUUAUUUGCAAAGUGUUUUAUUCCUUGAAUUUUCAAGACUUACCCGAGUUUUUCGAAGAUAAUAUGCAGGUUUGGAUGACCAAUUUUCAUACAAUGCUCACAGCCGAUGUAAAAAGUCUACAAAAUACGGAUAGCGAAGAAGCUGGAAUUAUGGAGCAAUUAAAGUCUCAGGUGUGCGACAAUAUCGCCCUUUACGCUCAGAAAUACGAUGAAGAAUUUCGACCCUACUUACCUCAGUUUGUCACUGACGUUUGGAGCCUUUUGAUCGCCACUGGAUUGGAACCAAAGUAUGAUUUGCUGGUUUCAAACGCUUUACAGUUUUUGUCCAGUGUGGCAGAAAGGAACCAUUACCGAUCUCUAUUCGAAGAUAAUACAGUUUUAAGCGGUAUUUGCGAAAAAGUUAUCAUCCCCAAUAUGGAAUUCAGGGUAUCAGACGAAGAAUUAUUCGAGGACAACCCAGAAGAAUACACGAGAAGAGAUAUCGAAGGUUCAGACGUGGAUACUCGCAGAAGGGCAGCUUGCGACUUAGUAAACACCCUCAGUCAGAAUUUCGAGGCGAGAAUCAUGGAAAUUUUUGGUCAAUACCUUCAGGUUAUGCUGGGCAAAUACACGGAGGAUCCUAAGAACCACUGGCGGAGCAAAGACGCCGCGUUGUAUCUAGUCACUUCGCUUGUCAGUAGGGGCUCUACGCAGAAGCACGGCGUGACGCAGACUAGUCAGCUGGUCGACAUCACUCAGUUCUGCCGGCAGCAAAUACUGCCCGAGAUGGAGAGACCUGAUGUGAACGAGCUGCCCGUUCUCAAAGCAGACGCCAUCAAAUACGUGAUGACAUUCAGAACCGUCCUCCCGUCGGAGUUAGUGGUGGCUACUAUGCCGCAACUGAUCAGGCACUUGUCUAGUGAGAGCGCCGUCGUGCACACAUACGCCGCGUGCGCUUUAGAAAAGAUCCUCAUCAUGAAGGACAGCAAUAAUCAGUUAAUAGUUUCUGGUGCUCAACUGCAACCGAUAGCAGGUGAUCUAUUAUCGAAUCUGUUCGCUGUACUGGAGAGGCCUGUAUCGGAGGAAAACGAAUACGUCAUGAAAGCAAUGAUGAGGACCUUUUGUACACUACAGGAGAGGGUUAUACCAUUUUUAAGCGCGGCAUUGCCCAAAUUGACACAAAAAUUGCAGGCGGUCGCCAAGAAUCCUUCCAAACCACACUUCAACCACUAUUUGUUCGAAAGCUUCUCAUUGGCUAUAAGAAUCGUGUGUAACACGAAUCCAGCUGCGGUAACAUCGUUCGAAGACAUCUUAUUUCCAAUUUUCCAAGGAAUAUUACAGCAAGACAUCCAAGAAUUUAUCCCGUACGUUUUUCAAAUACUCUCCCUGCUUAUGGAAAAUACCCCGCCCGGAGCGGUGCCCGAACCUUACAUGCAGUUGUUGCCGUGCCUGUUGGCGCCCGUUUUGUGGGAGCGACCGGCAAACAUCAGCCCGCUCGUCAGGCUGCUCAGUGCGUUCGCUACGCAGGCGGCACCGCAGAUCGUCGCUCAGGACAAACUGGGUGGUUUCUUGGGUGUCUUUCAAAAAUUGAUAGCCUCGAAGAGUAACGACCACGAAGGAUUUCAUCUCAUGCAGAGCAUGGUUCAAAAUUUCCCUACCGAAGCGUUGGUUCCGUACCAGAAACAGAUCUUCUUCCUGCUCUUCCAGAGGUUGUCUUCCAGCAAAACCACCAAAUAUGUGAUAAAUCUCAUAGUGUUUUUCUGUCUGUACGUGGUUAAGUACUCGGCUAACGAACUUGUGGUUACCAUCGACGGAAUUCAAGCGCAGAUGUUUGGGAUGGUGUUGGAAAAACUUCUGAUAUCGGAACUGCAAAAAGUCGCCGGUACGAUAGAGAGAAAGAUUGUGGCUUGUGGUAUAACGAAAUUAUUGUGCGAAUGUCCCGAAAUGUACACAGGGUCGUACCAGAAGUAUUGGCCUCAACUUUUACAGGCCUUGAUUUCCUUCUUCGAAAUGCCCAGAGAUGAGAGCACAUUGCCGGACGACCACUUUAUAGAAGUCGAUGAUACCCCAACGUUUCAGACGGCUAGUGCCAAACUGAACUUCGCCAAUAAUACCAAAAAUGAUCCUCUACAAGCGGUGAAUGAACCCCGUCAGUUUCUGGUCCAAAGCCUCGCAAGUCUGGGCAGUUCGCAGCCGGGUCGUUUACCGACCAUGAUCAACAGUACGAACUCUCAAACUCAAACGAUACUGCAAGGCUAUUUGGCCAAAUUCGGGGUCCAGUUGGUAUAGUUCAUGUUAUUUCUGUUAUCUUCGUCAGAGACUGAAGUUUUGUUAAGCUAUGUGGUAGAUCAAGUGUAAUUGUCAAUGCCUGUAAUCUCUUUAGUUGUUAAUUUUUUAGUUACAGCGUGUUUUAAAUUAUUUUUAUAAACAUGAA